AUGGAUAAAAACGGAAAAGAACAGGAGACAAAUAAGUGUAUACAAACAGAACAUAGAAAACUAAAGACUGAGAAACACAGACCCAACAAAAAUAUCAGGUUCACGGGAAGGGUGUGCUUCCUCCACAAAUAUAUGACUGAGACACAGGAUGUGAAGUAUGAUCUAGGAUGUAAACACUCAACGUUGUGUUUUCAUGGAUUGAAUAUAUUUGGGCGCCGAUUAUCUGUUGGCAGACAUUUAACAUGCGACAAAUGUUGUGGAGGAACACACCAUUGCAAUAUUAACUUGCAAUGUGGACACCAAGAGCAGGAAACUACAUUAGAAGCGACAACAGUUGGGCAGAUGACAACAGUUGGGCAGACGACAACAGUUGGGCAGACGACAACAGUUGGACAGACGACAACAGUUGGGCAGACGACAACAGUUGGACAGACGACAACAGUAGAUCCUAGAUUCUCAGCAUGCAAAGGUCCUAUUACAAAAAAUACUGGAGAGUUUUACUUGAUGCGAAACAAUGGUUUCCUGACGUUUUUGUCUACUUUUAAACUACAUUUAUCAUCGUCUAAAGUUAAAUGGUUAGGUAUAUACAACCCUGAUAUCGGACUAUGUCACAACAUAUCGAUCUUUAAUACUUCACAAGUAAUCGAUAUUCCAUCAGAAUUCAAAGUCACCAGAAACGAAAUUGAGAAGAAAGGAGUACACAUACUUACGUCCAGCAAAACUGAUUUGUAUGCAUUAUAUAAGGAUUCGAUUACCAAUGAAGGAUUUUUUGUUUUACCAAAAGAAAAGCUAUCAACAUCGUAUGUUAUUCCGUCAUUCAUUCCUUCUGGGGGUGGGGAAUCGUUUAUCGGAAUUGUUGCUACAUCCUUCGAUACAGACGUAAAUAUAACAUCAAAACUACUCGAUAAGACUGAAAUGGUUAGUUAUAACAAUACAAAGUAUGGAGAUGGUGAGACAAUUUCCAUUCACUUAGCAGAAAGGGGAACCCUAGAACUUUCCAGUAAUACUGACCUCACUGGUACGAUAGUCCAAUCAAACAAAGAUAUAGGAGUGCAGUCCGGGGUUGAUGGCGCUAAAGUACCUGUGAAUAGUGGUUUGAUGAAUCUGUUAUUGGAAAUGUUACCUCCAGUUAAAGAUCUAGGAACGACAUUUUUCAUUCCGCCAUUAUUUGACAGCAAACGAUUUAUAUUACGUUUAAUCGCUACACAUCCAAAUACAUCCAUCACUCUCCUCGGCAAACAGUUGAAACAAGCCACCAAAGUAGUGGACAAAAUUGGGGGUUACAUAGAUAUCAACAGCAACACCUCUAUAAAAGUAGAAUCUGACAAACCAAUAAUGGCAGUGUAUUAUCAGCAGGGUGAAUUUAAACCGGUCGUACCUUUUAUGGUUAUAAUUAAACCAGAAGGGAAGCUGGAAGGAGUUCAAGCGUUUACCAUUCCAAAUGAUGGGUUAAGACAUCAUAUCCUUAUUACCACGAAGAGUACUGAAUACCCCUUUCUACAGAUUGACGGGAAAGGUAUUAUCUAUAAAAACCCACAUAUGUACGAUACAGAAAGUUUUAAUUCAUCGUAUGUUGUUGCAAGGGUGGAUAUCGGUCCUGGACAUCAUACCAUUGGUUCGUUAUACCCGAUGGUAAUGAAAGUCAAACCCGGAAUUAUCAUCUUUGCCGAUUCCGACAACGACAUUGCGUAUGGCUACCCUGUGUAA